AUGCGACAAACUAUUGUGGAUGUUAAAAAUGGUAUGAGAACCAGUCCUGCUGAGUAUGUCCAUGCAUCACCAAAUUAUCAAGAUGCAUUUUGGGUUUUAGUCCCGCUAGGUGGAAAUGAAUUUUCGCUGGUGGAAUCUUUACAGUUAGACUUGCAUUCCAUUAUAGCUGCCACGUGCAAUUUCUCUGAAGGAAACAAGAUUGGUGAGGGUGGAUUUGGCAGUGUGUAUAAGGGUACACUUCAUGAUGGACAGAUGGUAGCCAUUAAGAGGCUAUCAGAAAGCUCACGUCAAGGUUUAAAAGAAUUUAGGAAUGAGGUUGCCGUGGUAGCCAAGCUUCAGCACGGAAAUUUAGUGAGGUUACUGGGAUUUUGUGCCGAAGAAGAGGAGAAAAUACUUGUCUAUGAAUUUGUGCCCAACAAAAGCCUUGAUUACUUCCUUUUUGAUCGGGAAAAACAAGGGCAAUUGGAUUGGUUAAUGCGUUGCAAGAUUAUAAGAGGGAUUGCUCGAGGACUCCUGUAUCUUCAUGAGGAUUCUAGGCUUAGGAUUAUGCAUCAUGACCUCAAAGCUAGCAAAGUUCUGUUAGAUGAGGAUAUGAAUCUGAAGAUAGCAGAUUUUGGCAUGGCUAGGAUUUGUGGGGUGAAUCAAAGUCGAGGAAACACAAGGAGAAUUGUUGGCACAUAUGGUUAUAUGUCUCCAAAGUAUGCAUUGCUUGGAGAUUUUUCAAUCAAGUCAGAUGUGUAUAGCUAUGGAGUUCUAAUACUAGAGAUCAUAAGUGGCAAAAAGAACAGUUCUUUCUAUCAAUCGGAUUAUGCAGAGAGCAUCUUGAGCUAUGCGUGGAGACUUUGGACGGAUGGGAGACCACUGGAGCUAACGGAUCAAGCUCUAGGCAAAUCUUUUCAUCAAAAUGAAGUCACCCGAUACAUCCAUGUUGGAUUAUUUUGCGUUCAGGAAGAUCCAGCAGACAGGCCUAUGAUAGGAACUGUGUUGCACAUGCUUACCAAUUUCUCUGUACUGCUGCCAAUACCGAAACGCCCAGCGUUCUGUGUUCGUAGCAGGACAGGGCAGAGUACUUCGGAAUUGGGUCGGGAAGCAGUCCAAUCUUCAAGCAAAUCCAUGCCUUCAUCUGUAAAUGAAGUUUCCAUAACUGAGCUCUAUCCUCGUUAG